ACCCAUCCAACGUUUCAAAUUUUGCUUGUCACUCGUGGACAAUUUCUUCUAUUCUCCUUGCUCCUCUUCCUUUGUUUCUCUUGAUUACCUGAACAUCUUGUCGACUUCAGCUCUAUUUAUCCAUUAGACUUUGCAUAUUCAUCUCAUCUCUCCUUGACGUCAUUUCUCGUCAAUAUACAUCAUGGCGGACCAAGAAUCACAGAUCCAGUUUUUGCAAAGCAAUAUCGAGAAGAAUAGAAAAGUGCGCGAUACGGCCAUUCACAUGCGAUCACUGCUCAAGGACCGUAAUGCCAUAUCGCAAUGUGAAACCGAAAUCAGAGAAUCACAGAGAUACAUUGAUUACUUUACGGAAGAAUUAAAUAAGCUUCAGGCACGUUCUUUGCAUCGUCACAGCUCCGAUGGCGAAUCCACCGCAACUCCCAGGUCAGCUGCGGACAGCGAUACCCACGAUCCUACUUCCAGUCCCGUUCAACCACAGGAUCAUCAAGGCUUGCCACCGCGAACAAGCAGUAUGGUGCCAAAAGAGGAUGCACGCAAAAAGAAAUAUUCAAAUUUAGAUCUCUUAAUGACCGCGACACCAUACAACAAGCCCAAAGUCUCGUUGAAACUUCACGAGUUGGAGUAUAAACUCGAUGUUGAAAAGAACCUGUUGACAGGUUUCAAAUCAUUGGCUGAUUUGCUGGAUCGCGACCCUUCUUCCAGUGAUCGCAAACGAAAAACCGAAGUUCAAGGACAAUUGUACGAAAGUAUGGAAAAGCUGGCUUUACUGAAACGAUCAUUACGAAAAUAUAAAAGCCUUUACAUCGGAGAAGGCGAUGAAGAUGAUUAUGAAUUGGAAACGCCGCCUUCGGCUCGUAUGCCACCUGGUUUCCGUCGUCCUGUGACAGGCAAAUUACAACUUCAGAUCAUUGAAGCGCGCGAUCUUGCCCAUGCACCUACGAUUCGUAUGAAAUCGCCCGAUACGGCUGUGUUUGUAAAAAUCGAUAACACGGUGGUGUUCCGUACCCGACCUUCACGUACCGAUAAAUGGUUUGAAGAGUGUGAAAUCCACGUGAACAAGGCUUCGGAAGUGGAAAUCUCUGUGUACGAUCAAUCCCUUGAAGGCAGUUUGCCCAUCGGUAUCUUUUGGCUCAAGAUCACCGACAUCGCCGAUGGACUCCGCAAGCGCAAGAUCCAGCAAGAAAGUGGUCCUGGUUGGGCCACCGCCGAAGUCGCUCAGCAGCAUCCCACCACCCAAGGAUCGCAAAGCAGUAUCCACCAACUCCCUUCAUCAGAUUUCCCUCAAACUCAGGGCGGCAACGAUGCCUCCAGUGGCGACAUUGAAGCCUGGUUUGAUAUCGAACCUGUGGGUAAAAUGGCACUGCGUUUGAACUUUGUGCGUGAGGCGGCUCAUCGUCGUCCCUUGGAUAAACUGGGUCGUGCCGGUGCCGUGCGCCAACGUCGCGAAGAAGUUCACGAGAUGAAUGGUCAUCAGUUUGUCGAAAAGAAAUUCUACAACAUCAUGAAAUGUGCUCUUUGCGAUUCUUUCCUGGUCAACAGCGGUUAUCAGUGUGAAGAUUGUGAAUACACAUGUCAUAAAGAAUGUUACCAAAAGGUGGUCACGAAAUGUAUAUCGAAAUCUUCAUCCGAAACGGAUGCCGAUGAAGAUAAGCUCAAUCAUCGUAUUCCUCAUCGCUUUGUGCCCAUUACCAAUAUUGGUGCCAAUUGGUGUUGUCACUGUGGUUACAUGCUUCCGUUGGGUUCGCGUGGUGCCAAAAAAUGUUCAGAGUGUGACAUUACUUGCCAUACCAAGUGUGCUCAUUUGGUACCUGAUUUCUGUGGUUUAUCGAUGGCGAUGGCGAACCAGAUGUUGGCCGAGAUCAAGGCGGCCAAACGACGUACGCUCGAGACGGGACCUGCGCCUUCGACUUCGACCAAACCCAGUCGUCCAACCAAGCACGAAGAAGGCAUGGCCCAGGAUACAUCGGUUCCUUCGACGCCUUCGUCGGCGCAAUCGGCUCAUUCGGCCCACUCGGAUACGCUUUCGUCGCAACUGUCUCAAAUGUCGAUUCAGCCCUCUUUAGCACAAACCCCACCGGCCAUGCUCCGACCGCAACCACAACAGCCUCAGCAGCCAUCCAUGCCUUUGCCGGGUCAACAGCCACCACGCAUGCAAAUGCCUCAGGGUCCUCCUCCAUUACCUCAACAUGGACAGCAGCAGUACAUGUAUCAGCGACCUCCUCCUCCAUCCAUGGACCCAAGAUAUCAACCUCAUUAUCAGCCUCAGCCAUCCGGCUGGCCCUCGGGACACAUGCAGCAACAGCAGCAGCAGCAGCAUCAGCCACCUUACACCCAACCUAUACCUAAUCCCGCCAUGAUGGGUCGUCCUCCUUACAAUCAACCUUAUCCAUCGAUGGAAGUUGCUCCUAGACCACCUCCAAAACAUGCUGUGCAAAUGCCGAGUCGUCGUGUCGGUCUGGAUGAUUUCAACUUUUUGGCUGUGUUGGGCAAGGGCAAUUUCGGUAAAGUCAUGCUUGCCGAAGAAAAGCAUGACAAGAACUUGUAUGCUAUCAAGGUCUUGAAGAAACGAUUCAUCAUUGAUAACGAUGAAAUUGAAAGUGUACGUUCAGAAAAGCGAGUGUUCCAAGCGGCGAAUCGGGAACGUCAUCCUUUCCUGAUUGGUCUGCAUUCGGCUUUCCAGACAGAGUCUCGCGUUUACUUUGUGAUGGAGUAUGUCAGUGGUGGUGAUUUGAUGUGGCAUAUUCAGCGUGAACCUUUCUCUGAGCGCCGUGCCAAGUUCUACGCUUGCGAAGUACUGUUGGCGUUGGAAUACUUCCACAGUCAGAACAUCAUUUACCGUGAUUUGAAACUCGAUAAUAUCAUGUUGAGUUUGGAUGGUCACAUCAAGAUUGCCGAUUAUGGUCUUUGUAAAGAAAACAUGGGCUAUGGUCAAACCACCGGCACUUUCUGUGGUACACCUGAAUUCAUGGCGCCGGAAAUUCUGCUGGAGCACAAGUACGGUCGUGCCGUGGAUUGGUGGGCUUACGGUGUGCUCAUUUACGAAAUGCUUCUUGGACAAUCGCCCUUCCGUGGUGAGGAUGAAGAUGAAAUCUUUGAUGCUAUUCUCGAAGACGAAAUUCUUUAUCCCAUCAAUAUGUCCAAAGACUCUGUAUCCAUCUGUCAACGCCUUUUGACGCGCGACCCUGAGAAACGUCUGGGUGCGGGACCGAAUGAUGCACUGGAUAUCAAGGAACAUCCCUUCUUCCGUGGUGUGAAUUGGGAAGACAUGCUGGCCAAACGAGUCCCACCUCCUUUCUAUCCUACGAUUACCGACCGUCUUGAUACGUCCAACUUUGACGAAGAAUUUACCCGAGAACGACCUGCAUUGACUCCCAUUGACUCCAACUUGAACCGCGUGGAACAAACUGAAUUCCAGGCCUUCUCCUAUGUGGCGGAAUGGGCGGCUUAAUAAUGAUGACCUCUCCAUCUUUUUUUUUAACUACUUGUUCUUUUCUUUUCUUUUUUUCCUUAUCCUCUUUCGUAAAUCAAAAUACUUGUUUUUUUUCUCUCAAUAUAUCUAAACAAUUAAAUCCUUAUUAAUUGGCGCUAAUUUUCAGUCACAAGGCAGUCACAUUGGGUUUUUGCUACAUUUGUCGGCUUUGAUUGGGUAAUUUUUGAAAAAA